AUGAAGUUCCAAACCCUGUUCUCACUCGCCACUGUUGGCCUUGCAUUCGCGACCCCAGUUCACAACCUCGAGGCGCGCGAUGACUACACCAACUGUGUCAUCAAUUUGGCGAAAGAGGCAGUCUCCAAUGGGUGUGGGAGCCUUCCUGUGUGCCGGGUGCUGCCGCAUUUUGUACAAUGUAUGCAGAAUGGACUUGAGCAACUUGAUUCCGGCUUUUUUGUUAUCACUGGGUUUCCAACGCUUUUGGUCGGUUGCACCACCGACGCACAGAAAGCUCUGACGGAGAAUGAGUUCCGCGAACUAAGCGACGCACUCUCGCCGCUUGUGGAGGAAAGUGUAGCCCAAUGUUCAGCACAGUGA